GUGUUGUGAUAUAUGAUCCACAAUUGAACUUCUCCCAACAACUCGAGUUAUUGGGAUCAACUGGUUCAUGACAUGGUAUCAGAGCCUUCUGUGACCGAGACGUCUUGUGUUCGAUUCCCGGUGACCCCCAUUUGUUACCAUGGUAUUCUUGUCUUCAGACCUAUGCAAACUUCAAGCCCUUAUGAGGGGCUUUCGUUUGAGGGGGCGUGUUAGUGUUGUGAUAUAUGAUCCACGAUUGAACCUCUCCCAACAACUCGAGUUAUUGGGAUCAACUGGUUCAUGACACAUGCAUGCCACCCUGCCCCCACUAGUUCUAGAACCUAGCAAAGAGGUUUUGCUAUGUCUUAUUAUCGACGUUGAUGUCAACAAUCAUAGUACACCUCAAUGAUUGAGAUUAUCAAUCGCAAGUUAUGAAUAACAAUGUCAUUUGCUUUCGUCAACAAACAAGGUGAACCUGAAUUUCAACCACAAAUCAUCGACAAACGACUUGACUACGUCAACAAUGAGGAACACACUCGCCCGUCGUGACAGCAAACUCUAGCACUUCCAACUCAAGAUGCCUCAUCUACCAUGGUCAAUCUUGGUCAUUCAAGGCUACUUAAUAUGAUAAGCCAAACCUAAACCAUCAAACAUUGUUGUAAUUGGGUCCCAUGACUAAUUGAAAAAGUGCCAAAAAAAAAAUACCAUCCACAACUAAAAUAUGUACUUUGAUCGGCACCACGAUCCACUGCCAAAACGACUGCUUGAAGUAACAAAACGAGGAAACAAUCACCACACCCUACAAAGAAAACAGGACAGAAACCCGGACGGAAGAAUCUAUGGAGCCACGAAGGUCAUUUUCCAGUUUUGUCACCACAUGAAUGAAUUGCUUCGGCCGGCCAAAAACUGUAACCCUCCACCAGCCGAAUCUCCACCUACUCCAUUCGCCAUUUGAUUCCCCACUUCCCCUGUUUUGUCGACCACACACACACCGCUCUCCCUCUACAAAUACUGCUGUCCUCGGAAAACAGAGCAAAUCACUAUUGAGCCCAGGAAGAACAGAGUGAAAAACAGAGUGAAGGAAAAGAGAGAGGAGAGGGAUCGAAAAUGGAAGUUAUCAUGACGAACAGGAUCGUUGUGACCAAGACCCACAUCGACGGCGCCCCUAAAGAGACGGACUUUAAGGUCAAAUCCCAAGUUCUGGCUCAGUCGGCCCAGCCGGCGGGUUCCGUCAUCGUCAAGAACUUGUACGUGUCGGUGGACCCUUACCAGCUCAACCGCAUGAAGAGCGACAGCUCCUCUCAGAGCUACAGCUUCUUGGCCGCCGGAAUUGGUCCUGGAGAGGAAAUUGAUUGUUAUGGAGUUGGCAAGGUAAUAGAUUCAGGGAAUCCUGAGUUUCAAGAGGGUGACUUGGUGGUAGGAUUACUGACAUGGGGAGAGUACUCUGUGUUGAAGCCAGGAUCCAUGUUCAGGAAACUGGACGCCAUGGGAUUCCCUCUGUCGAACCAUAUCGGAGCUCUAGCAUUCAGUGGUCUGACGGCGUACGCAGGGCUGUUCGAGGUGGGGAAGGCCAAGAAAGGGGAUAGAGUGUUCGUCUCAACAGCUUCUGGUUCAGUUGGACAUUUGGUUGGGCAGUUUGCUAAGCUCCAUGGCUGCUAUGUGGUUGGCAGUGCUGGGAGCAAAGCCAAAGUGGAAUUGCUGAAAGAAAAACUGGGUUUUGAUGAUGCAUUCAACUACAAGGAUGCAACUGACCUCAGGACAACUCUGAAGAAAUAUUUCCCAGACGGGAUCGAUGUGUACUUCGACAACGUAGGAGGGGAGAUGCUGGAGGCAGCAAUCGACAACAUGAAUGCAUUCGGCAGGGUAGCAGUCUGCGGGGUGAUCUCCGAGUACACGGGCACCGGAAGAAGGGCUGCUCCUAACAUGGUGGAUGUAAUCUACAAGAGAUUGACAAUCAGAGGGUUCCUAGCAAACGAUUUCAUGUCCAUCUUCCCCGAAUUCAUCUCGAAAGCCUGCGAGCACAUGGGUUCGGGGAAGAUGGUGUCCAUUGAAGACAUAUCCAUUGGGUUAGACAGCAUUCCUUCUGCAUUUGUCGAUCUCUUCACUGGCGGUAAUGUGGGGAAGAAGAUUGUCCAGAUUGCACAAGAGUGACUAAACUUGUAGCAUGGCUAGGGGAAGAAAGGAAUCCCUUCUUUUACUAAAAAUCCAUUUUGAUCUGGUUUUUCCAAGUAUGGGUUACUAAAAGUCCGAGGUUAUCAACCUUCUGAUCUCAAUUCUUCACCCUAAAAUUCUACAUACCGUCAUUCUUUGGUCUAAUGUCUAAGCACAUAUGAAACACCACCAAAAAGCUGUGCAUCCCAAACCAAUCACCCUCCCAAUUCGAAUUUCUAGUGUCUAGAUGACUGAAUCUCCUAUAACCAGUCACCUGCAACCACACAGACACCUGCAAGGCUGCAACACAGAGAGACAUUAGUUAUAGGAGAGGUAGUGUGUUCGAAUCUCCACGAUCGCCAAUACUAACAGUUGAUCUAAGCAAAAUAUAGGAGUGAAUAUGUGCAAACUUCAAUAUUGUGAGUUGGCUUUCGAUUAAAAAGGCUUGGUGACUUAGGCUAAAGGCUUCGACUAAAGAUUCAAUAGGCGAGCACUAAAAUGAGAAAGGGUUUUAGACUCAUGAGACGGAAUAACAUUCUAAACAAAAGCGCACAGAUAGAAGUAUUUUGAAAGGCGUCAGCAAGUGCGCAGAAUUGAACUCUAACAUAUUUGCUUGGUAGGCCGAGUUUUUGCGUUAGAUCACCUAAAAAACCAUAUGCCCCUUAGGUCGCCAAACUAUGACAAGAGUUUCAUCUUUUAAAGUGCCAGGCAUGUAUGGCUUAAGGCCAAACCAAAUCAGAAAUGAUUUGAUAACUCAAUGCUCAAAUGAAGCAUUCGAAUUAUUGGUAUCAGAUAGUUGGAUGGUAAGAAAAUCACAAAUGGUUUAUUUAGUUUCGAUUUCACCUUAAUCGAGUCAUAUUAUUGAGUGGAUAAUUUUACCACCCUAAGGCUGGGUUAUAUCUCCGAGGCCAGAUGUCCAUUCCAGAAAGUUCUAGAAAGUAGCGCUCAAGUUGUUGACAACCACAAGUCUUUUUUCCUGUUCUCCGAUCGAAUAUCGCCGGUGCUUUCUCCGCCGAACUUUUCAAUUUCCCAUUAAAGCAUCCACAUCAAACUAACCACAUACAUGGUCUAUAUUGCCACCACAACCGUUUUUGUAAUCCAAUGUUGAUUUCAUCAACAUUGCACAUACAUGAAUGCAUCACUUGAUUCACUUGCCAUUGCAAUUAAUGAAACCUAACUCAGUUU